AUGGCUGCAGCACCACCAGGUUCCUCCUUAAUGGAGGGGGGCCCCCAUGGUGUAGUGGGGCCCCAUAGUGUACAGCUUGAAGGCGAAGCAGAGGAUGAGCAGCAGCAGCAGCAGCAGCAGCAGCAGCAAUUGCUGCUGCAGCUCGGCCCUCCCCCUUGCGAAGAAGGGGGCAAAAGCAGCGCAGUGGCGCCUGGCAUGGCUGCUGCAGCAGGCGCAACAGAUGCAGCGGUAGAAGGAACUGCUGCAGCAGCAGAAGUAGGGACAGUAGGAGAAGCAGCAGCAGCAACAGCAGCACCAGCAGCAGAAACAGAUGGAUAUCUGCUGCAGUGGUUCCCUGGCUUUGAUCUCCCCAUUGGCCUCAAAGGCCGCGCUAUCCUUAGGCGGGUCCUCAACCAAAGACGCUCUCUUGAUGCAGCAAGAUGUAAGGCGAUCCUAUCGGAGCACGGGAUCGUGUUGGGAAGAGGCGUUCCCGGGCAUACAACAAAUUGGGGGGGUCUGACAGUGAAGGAGCUGCUGCAUGCAGCACAUCUGCUAGGCUGCUGGAAGCAAGUAGAGGAGCUGUGUCUUUCAUUUUGCUGCAGCAACGGCCUGAAGAUAGAGUGGGUAAAAGAGCUUAGAGCAAAGGGCCCCCAGCAAGUAACGCUUGCAAACCUGCUGUCUAUGAAGAGAAGUGCAGCAGCAGAAGCGCGCAAGAAAAGGCAGCAGCAGCAAUGCAACACCAGCAACACUCCUGCUGCUGCUGCCGCCACUGCCGCUGCUGCUGCUGCAGCUGCUGCUGCUGCUGCUGCUGCUCCCUCAUCACUCAACACGCCCACCAACAAGGGGGCAGUCACACCCGAAGAUAUCGCCAGUGCAACUACUGCUCCGUCAACAACAGCAGCAGCAGCAGCAGAAGAAGAAGAAGCAGCAGAUAGUAAAGGAGCUGCUGCAGGGAAAAGAGGGGGUUUCAGGCAAACAGCAGCAGGUCUCAGGUUGCGAAGGAACUGCACUAGGGCGAGGCGUAAACGCAUCGACCUCCAGCAGCAGCAGCAGCAGCAGCAGCAGCAGUUGCUGCUGCUGCACCCACAGGAAGUGGAGAGCACCAAUAGCAGCACGCCCACAGCAGCAGCAGCAGCAGCAGCAGCAGCAGACUCCAGUUUCAGCUGCUCCAUGGCGAGCUUCUCUUUGCCUCCUUCAGCGGAAGCAGAUCAAGGAGAGGGGCCGUCGGGCGGCCAUUCGCAGCAGCAGCAGCAGCAGCAGCAGCAACUCCUGCAGCAGCAGCAGCAGCAGCAGCACGAACCCCAGCUGCUGGAAACCGUCUUAUCUCCUGAACCCUCCGAGGUCUCCUUGGGGGCCCCUCAGGGGCCCCCACCGUCGUUUGCUCCUCUUGAGGGAAGCGUGAGGGCUACAAGCAACCGACGCAACAGCAGACGGCAGCAGCAACAGCAGCAGCAGCAGCAGCAGCAGCAGCAAAGGUUGCUUAUGAUGCACGCAUCCCCUGCAGCUGCGCAGCAGCCCACCGACAACUCUGCAGCAGCAGCAGCAGCAGCUGCUGCUGCUGCUGCUGAAGGGAUGCCUGCUGUGUGCUCAGGGCCCCCCAACUGGGUUGCCUCGUACGGGCCCUCUACCUCAGCUAUGAUAGACGUCAAGGGCCCCCCUCAGGGGCCCCCGGAGGGGCCCCCUGAGGGGCCCUCUGUGGGGCCCCCUGUGGGGCCCCACACCGAGGUACCCCUGAGGGCAUCGUUCGGUGACCCCACAUGGUACAUGCAGCAGCAGGAGCUGCAGCAGCAAGAGCCGCAGCAGCAAAUGCAGCCGCAAGUGCAGCAGCAGCAGCAGCAGCAGCAGCAUGAGAUGCAACGGCCUCUGCUGCUGCAGCAAGAACAGCAACCAGGAGGAGGUCUGGUUGGAUUCCCUGGGCUGCAGUGGACCUCUGCUCUGUGCGCCGUCGAAAAGAAAGAGGAAGCAGCAGCAGCAGCAGCAGCAGCAGCAGCAGCAGCAAGCGCAGGAGCAGCUGCAGCAAAUGCACCAGCAGCAACUGUGCCGGCACGAGCAGCAACAGCAGCAGAAGCGGCAGCUGCUGCUGCUGCCCAGCAGCUGCAGCUUGAAGACUGUUACCUUGAGCCUCCCUAUCCCUUUCACGGUCCUCACCACACCUCCAGCACCACAGAUCCAGCAACAGCAGCAGCAACAACAGCAACAGCAGCAGCAACAGCAAAUGCAGCAGCAGCAGCAGCAGCAGCAGCAGCACUUGGACCUGACCCGCCCACAUCGCUGCUGUGCGAGUGGGAACGAACGUCUCAAAAGAUCAGCAACUUGCAGCAGCAGCAGCAGCAGCAGCAGCAGCAACAGCUCCCCGCUCCGCAACAGCCCUGGUUGGCCCCUAUGCCUUAUAGUAUUGGUGGGGCCCCCCCAGUAUCUCUGCAUACGCCUGAAGGUGCCUUGAUGCAGCAGUUUGCUGCUGCUCCCCAGCCGCUGCUGCAGCAUCUGCCACCCGCGCAGCUGCAGUGCAGCAAAGGGGGCCUCCAGGACAGCAGCAUUAGCAGCUGCAGCAGCAGCACCAGCAGCAGCAGCAGCAGCGACGUCAGCUGCUCAUCCUGGCAGGUUAAGGCACCCAGCAGCAGCAGAAGCAGCAGCAGCAACUGUGCAGCAAGAGGCACUGAAGGCCCGCAGGCACCGCAGAGGCGGACUGCAGCAAGAGGCCCUCAUGCUGCUGCUGCCUCACGACCCCGGCAUCGCACGAAGGCUGCUGCCGCCGCAGCAGCAGCAGCAACAGCAGCAGCAGAUCAGCAGCAGCUUCGAACGGCCCCAUCCGGCUUCCCGUCCCUGCAGCAGCUGCUGGCCUCCAGCAGCAGCGACAGCUGCAGCUGCUGCAGCGCCAGCAGCGGAGAUGAGGAGACAGCCUACCCUUCUUUGCUUCCUGCUCAUGGUCUGGGCCUCUCCUAUGGGGGCCCCCAAGCCGCACUGCAGCAGCAGCAGCAGCAACAGCAGCAGCAGAUGAGCUUCGAAGCCUCAUCCGCAGCAGCGGCUGCAGGGGACUUCCACGAGGCAGCAGCAAAGGAUGAAGGCUUAGCCCUCUCAGGCGGCCCUGCUUUGCUAGGAGGCGCAGCAGCAGCAACGGCAGCAACUGCAGCUGCUGCAGCAGCGCAGCAGCAAAACCCUUGGCACGCAUUUGGGGCCCCUUCUGGGUCGCCGUAUGGGGGGGAGAGGGCUGUUGGGGGCGCAGCAGCAGCAGCAGCAGCAGCAGCAGCACCAACAGCAGCAGCAGCAGCAACCGCAGCGGAGGCAGCAGCAGGAGAGGCAGCAGCAGAAGUGCAUGCAGCAGCGCCGCAGCAACAUGACUGGUGGUCUGCAGGGACAGACACCCCGCUGCUGCUGUCUCCAGGGCCCACGCCUGUGGGGCCCCCCCCGUGGGGCCCCCAAGACGCAACUGAGGCCCUAUUCAGAACCGAAUGCAACCUGCAGCAGCAGCAGCAGCAGCAGCAACAGCAACAACAACGACAGCAACAACCCCUCCUACAGCAGCAGCAGCAGCAGCUCCUGCUGCAGCAGCAAGAGGAAGCUCUCUCAGGGGCUCUUCGUCUUCCUGCACACUGCGCUCUGUUAGAAGAAUGGGGGGCCCCAGGGGCCCCCCCCAAUUCAAGUGCACUACCAAGAGACAAUAAUGUAGGCAUUCAGCCAGCAGCAGCAACUGAUGCUGAUGCUGCUGCUGCUGCUGCUGCAGCUGACUCUGUCGCUGCGCAGCUGCAGCCAGACACAGCUGACCCGCAGACAAACGCAUCUUGCCUAGAACUGCAGCGGCAGCAGCAGCAGUUACUGCUGUUAGAGCAGCAGCAACUGCAGCAACUGCAGCAGCAGCAGCUCCAGCAGCAAGUGCAAAACCCACGCCCGAGACGCAGGGCUAAGGGUAACGGGAUCGAGCAGCAGGGACAGAAGAGACAGCGAAAUGAUAGCUCCAGAAGCAGCAGGAAACGCAGUGAGCAGCAGCAGCAGCAGCAGCGGUUGCUGCUGCAGCACGAAGUGCCCUCCUGCCUCCCUGCGCAGCCGCAGGUACAUCAGCAGUUGCUGCUGCAGCAAACAGCGGUACCCAUUCAACAGCCAGCGGAAAUCUGCAGCAGCAGCAGCAACAGCAGCAUGCUGCAGCAGCAAGUUUCUUCUCACUUGCACCCGGAACAGGACAGUUUCGCAGCAGCAGCAGCAGCUGCUGCUGCGGGCCUACCAGAGGCGUAUUCUGCUGCUGCUGCAGUAGCAGCAGCAGCAGCGCCAAUAUAUACGCCGUCAUGGCCUCUAGAUAAUUCAGAUCCAGCAGCAGCCGCAGCAGCAGCAGCAGCUGCUGCUGCUGCUGCUAACGGGAUUCCUGGGGCCCCACAGGUGGGCCUCCCCACAUAA